AUAACAAAUCUGUCUUUAAUUUAUUACACCAUCUUUCCCCCUUAUAAAUAUCUUUCUCCUCCUAUUCACUCUACUACUCAAUAUUAGUAACUCCUAAUCAGCAGCUAAAACUAAGAUUUUGAGAAGAAUUUCCAAGAUCAAAUAUUCAAGAAAAUGAAGAUGUUAGCUAGUGCAAGUUCAAUUUUUGUAGCUAUUGUCCUUCUUUCAUUACAUGUUAGUGCUCAGUCGGAUUGCCAACAAGUGAUCGUUGGUUUAGCCCCGUGUCUGCAAUACAUUCAAGGAAAUGCGACAACCCCAUCAUCAGGAUGUUGCACUCAACUUGCUACUAUAGUGAAAAAUCAGCCACAAUGCUUAUGUCAAGUUGUUAAUGGUGGUGGUUCAAAUUUAGGAAUUAAUGUUAAUCAAACACAGACUAUGGCUCUUCCCAAAGCUUGUAAUGUCCAAACACCCUCUAUUAGCCUUUGCAAAGGUACUACUCCUUCAGGUUCACCGGGGUCUCCAUCCACUCCUUCAGGUGGAUCGAAGGGUGAGCCAAGUGGAAAUUCAUCAGGAAACUCAGUCAAGAUGCCAUACUCUCUCUUAUUUACCCUUGUAGCUAUCGCGUUUUUCGCCACAGUCUUCACCACCAUCUGAGCUCCACUUUUGCGUAUUUUUUGCAAUGUGGUUGAAGUAGUGUGGAGUUGGCACAGUUUGGUUACGCAUUUUAAAUUUUUUGUUUACUUUGUUAGUGACUUAGUGUGAUUGAUAUACACUUUUGUAAUACACUACGCUUAAGGCUAAGGCAGAGGAUUUUAUGUACUUAGCUAAAUUUUGAGCUGUAUUGAGAGUUGAUCAAGAUUGAUUUGUUUCUAUCCGUACUAGAUAAAUCUAUUCUUUUUAUGAGCUA